AUGUGGUCAGACUGGCAGGAGGGGCCGGCAUUCCAUGACCACAAUGUGUGUGCCAGCCCUGCGUCCGAGAGGGCCGCCAAGUGGGCCAAGUUGAAGGAGGACCGCAUCAGCAUCGGAGUCUGCGCCAACGCCACGGGGACGCAAAAGCUGCCCCUGCCUGUCAUCGGAAAGGGUCGCCACCCUAAGUGCUUCCAUCACUUCAAGGAGAUCGCCGAGCUGCCCGUCGUCUACACCCACUCCAAGAAGGCGUGGAUGAACGCGGUGCUCUUCGAGAAGUGGUUCGCCUGCGACUUCAAGGAGGCAGUCACCAAGAAGCAGAUGCGAGAGGGUCGUGUCGGCAAGGUUCUUGACAACGCCUCUUCCCACAUGCCCAUGGACCAGGGGGUCAUCGCCAAGGCCAAGAGGCUCUACCGGCGCAGCAUGGCGAUGCGCUAUCUAGCGUUCCCCGUCGACUUCGAGCAGUUCUACAAGACCAUCAACGUCAAGGAGGCGUCCCUCAUGAUCCACGCGGCGUGGGAGCAGGUUACGGAGCAGAACGUCAGCAGGGCCUUCAGGAAGCUGCUCCCCACCAUCAGCAACAACAUCGAGGUGCACCCUGACGAGCCGUCCGAGCCCACCCAGCGCGCCGAGCUCGAGAGUCUGGGUGAUGUUCUGCGCCAGCACGAGGACAUGAUCGCCCUCGGCAACGACGACCUCUGGGGGUGCUUCAACGACACGCACGUCGCGGAAGCAGUCACAGACGAUCCCGAGGAGGACGGCGAGGAAGACGACGGGGGCCUCGACGACCCUACUGGAGACUUGGUUAGUCUUGUUCUAAUCAGAAGCCAAGUCCAGGACAAGCCGUGGGCUGCCGACUUCGAGGCAGCCAUCAGCAGGGUCAUCAACAGCAGCAGCAGGAGCGGCAGUGCACCAGCUGCUCGCCGUAGUCUGCAGCUUCUUUAA